GGUAUGUUAAUAUUAUUGCUGUUGCAUCCUACAUAUUUGUGUCGACAAACAUUUAGAAGAAUUCUAUUUGUAUUUGAAAUUUUUGACUUGCAACAAUGGAUCUAGAUUUUUAUUAUCCUGAAAGUAUGUUGAAAUAAUCGCAACCGUUUCCUUCGCGAGAUAGAUGUGCAGUACUGACUCUCCUACAGAAGCCGAGGAGUGCUGGGCUGGGGAUCCAUAUAUGCUUGAAAAGACGAAGGACUAUGGAAAACAGGCUAGGGAAUUUGGUGAAAGUUUUGAUCAUAUACCUACGGAUCAUCAUCCCUGGGUUGACAACGAUAACCCUCGCUGGCUUCCUAGACUUCGUCUUUUUGACUUGGAAGAUCGUUCUUUGCCAACAACUGAUCAGCCACAACAAUUUGAAUCUGCUCGCGACCUCUACUCUUUUUUGAGGGAAUCCCGUACUGCCAGGGAAAAUCCCAAAAGGCAAAAGCAUUUGAUUAUCCUAGAGGAUAUAGAUCCGAGAUUUGCAGAAGUGCUUGGAGUUAUGCUUGGAGUCCCUCCCGCUUUUUUCAUAAGCCACUGUGAUACACAACUCAGUCUCAGCAUACUGGACAGCACAUACGCCAAGGUAAGAAGUUCAAGACAUUGGAAGAUCCGUGUGCCAUCGAGACGUGUUGCGAAAGAUCUGCCAGGUGGUGAUUUUAUCCUUUUCGCAGGAAACUGCGUUCGUAGUUGCUAUGAUGUCGAUAACACCUCGAGCUUCCAGGAUUAUGACACUGCGGUUUCGUACUGGGGACAAGAUCAUGGUGAAGAUUCGUGGACUGGUAAGUUACAUUGUUUCUUAGACAAUCCGGAAUUAAAGUUGAUGAUAACCUCUUUAGCGAUCAUCGUGGUUGAUCCUUGGCAGGCGUACGUUCUACCCGCCAACGACUCAUGGAGAGACCCCAGUGAAGCCGCAAUUUAUCUUGAUAAAGUUGAAGAAUUUGAAUGUCUUCGGGCUUUAAGUAGCAUUGUGAUGGCCCAAGGUACCUCUUAUACUGUCAGGCCACAGAAGGAAUCUAUGUUUGAUUUCCUCGUAGAAGCACAUGAAAGAUCUAGCCAUGAAUGCCCGCUCGAUCCAUUUUUAGCAACGGCCUAUGCACGCAAUUUUGUGGCUGCAGUCUGGGAAGAUUAUAUAGCUCAUGACAUUCGAGCUAUACAAGGUUUGGUAUGGAACAACCAGGAAAUUGAUAAUACAUAUAGCGCCAUACAAGCUCGAGAUCGUAGGAUCAUUACAGGAUACCAAGAAUUGAUCGUUAAAAGAUACGUGAUGAAUUUUCAUAGAAAGAUCAUCACGGACAUCGCAUGGGCAUUUCAAAGCAGAUGGGACUCUUCGCUUCCAGUCAGCAGCUGCAAAUGCAUACGUCAGACAAGAUAAUGCGAUAGCACCCGACACAUUGAAUACGAGGGUGACAUUUGGAAAUCCAUGGAAAACAAGCUAGAGAUGGCCGAAAUAGAGGUUAACCAACAUAUGGCGGAAUAUGCUCAACGAGCCGCAUUACACGAGGCGUACGCAACCAAUUUACAGACAGCAGCAGCGGAUAAACAAGCACGAAGCGCAGGACAACUGACGAAAAUCGCAACGGUAGUCGUGCCAUCUACUGUUGUGGCAUCUGUCUUCUCGAUGGGAGGAGACUUUGCAGCGGGCGAGAAACUCUUCGUAGUUUACUGGGCGAUUUCUCUACCGAUAACCUUUGCGCUGCUUUUUUGGGUACUGCAUGAGGAAAUCUCGAAAGCUUGGUCGAAUUUGGUUCACGCAAGAAUUACUAAACACGAUUCCGCCAAGUCGAAUUCUAAAAUUAGUGGUGGGAAAUCUGUCGAUACCGGACGGGGACGUGUUUGGCGGAAGCUUUUGAGACGUAAGAGAAGUUUACCGGAUGUGGAGAUGGCGACAAGAGCAAACUCAAUUAUUGAAAGAAAUGGAUCUUUUGGGACAAUAGGAUGAAGGAAAUUUGUUGAUCUUGAAUGUUAUAUCUGUUUGAAACAGGAUGAUUAAAUUCGAUAAUCUAGGAGAUACAUCGUUGGGAGUGGUAUGAUCACAUUUGAUGACUUUAGGAAACACAUGUUCUAUAUUCCAGAAAAUAAUAAAUAACAAACCACAAACUCCAAUUCGAAUCAUUCCGAAAGCUGCUCUUAAGGAAUACCGGAAUCCAAUUAUAUGAUUUCAAGAAAUACAUCUUUGGAAUUCGGCAUGAUCUAUUCGGAUUCAGAUACAGAUACGCAAAAACUGAUUUUUCGUCGUAUCGCAGAAUUCUGAGACGAAAAGAUAUGCCGUUUGAUGGGGAGGUGAAAUGUUGGAUGUUUGGAUUUGGUAAUUUUAGGAGAUGGUUUAUAGGGUUUUCUCAGUCUUAGGAGGUAUGGAGGCAUGGUAUAGAGGUACAAUCUCACUUAUAACGAAUGCCAUUUGCAGAAGGCAGAGUGA